ACAUCCUUAUAACCAAAGGAAGUGAGCCACAGACUUUAUUCAACUUUACAUCCUGAGCUGAGCUGACCUGCUUCCUGAAAACUACUACUCCUCUGCUUCUGUUCAAGUGACUCGAACAAGACCUCAUCAUGGUGUCAAUGGGACGACAGAUGCUGGGCUUCGCCCUGGCCAUCAUUGGCUUCCUGGGGACAAUCAUUGUAUGUGCCCUGCCUAUGUGGAAGGUCACGGCCUUCAUUGGAGCCAACAUUGUGACAGCGCAAGUCAUUUGGGAAGGCUUGUGGAUGAACUGUGUGAUGCAGAGUACGGGCCAGAUGCAGUGCAAGAUUUAUGAUUCUCUGCUGGCUCUACCCCAGGACCUGCAGGCCGCCAGAGCUCUUGUGGUCAUUGCCAUCAUCGUCGCUGCCUUUGGGAUCAUCUUGGGCAUCGCUGGAGGCAAGUGCACCAACUUUGUGGAGGAGCCACGUGCCAAAGCUAAGGUGGCCAUUGCUGCUGGAAUCGUCUUCAUUUGUGCUGGUGUUCUCAUCCUCAUCCCCGUCUGCUGGUCUGCCAACACCAUUAUCAGGGAUUUCUACAACCCCAUCAUGACCAACGCCCAGAGGAGAGAGCUGGGAGCUGCACUCUACAUCGGCUGGGGCACAGCUGCUCUUCUCAUCCUGGGUGGUGCCCUCCUCUGCAGCUCCUGUCCACCCAAAGAGAGUCCAGAGUAUCCAGUCAAGUACGCUGGUGCCAGGUCUGCAGUCUCCAGCCGAGCCUAUGUCUAACAGGUCAAUUCUUCUGAGAAAGACUAAUUAUUUACGUUUCUUGAGUAACCCUCCUUCGUUGUGACUUUCUGACAGCACCACAAGUUGUAUCUCAUUUUCUUUGAGUGAAACACAGUGAGAACUGGUUUUCUGAGGAAUUCAGAUUUCUUGGGUGGAGGCAAGAGAGAGUGUUUCUUGAGCAAAGAGAAACACAGCGCAAAAGAUGUGGUAUGAAACUGUUGUACUGGCAAGAAAAUCUCCCAUCAGCAUGAUGACUGGACUGAAUGAGAGCUAUACUAUAUAAAGCUAUUUUCCUCUGAAUGUAAAUCUAAGCUGUGCUAGAAGGAUGCUAAUGAUUAACAGGAGCUAUGAUGGAAGGACACUUGUACAGUACCCUUGAUAUGUUGUGAAUUUACUGUAAAAAAUAUUUUACAAACAUCUUUGUUCAAAUGUUAUAUCAAAAGACUGUUUUUGUUUACUGAAUUCACUGAUUUGUAAUAAAAUAUUUACUGAAAUGA